CUCUAUACUGAGUCGGACCGUGACGUGCUUGCAGCGUGCAGGGAAGUCAGUGUUGGUGUGGACUUCGUACUUGAGAUAGUGCUGAUCAACUGCUGCAGUAGGCUUGCAAGACAUGUUACCUCAGGGAAGGCAGGAAAAAACACGCCGACCCAGAGGGCACCCUCAUUCAGGCUGUGAUGUUACUAAUGCACGGCUGACUCUGAACACGAGGAGGACGGAGCAGCGAGAUGGGGGCUGUUGGUGUCCUGAAGCCGACUCGCAUACCACUACCUACUCAGUUGGCUGGAUUUAGCGCUUUGGAAGGAGCCUAGUAGUGCGAUUGUCUCCGAGAGAGUAAAAUGAUCCGGUUGAACCUGCAAAAACGGAGUAAUCUGAGUUGAUACAGCAGACAACACUGCUGACUGCCGAGGCAUUUCUACCUUCCUCACUGCCAUCAAUUAAUGAAGAGGACAAGAGCAGAGGUAAUCAUGCCGGAUCUUCAAAUUCAAGGGCUAACAUUAUUGCUCCCUGAAUGUGAGGUUAUUUAGAACCUAGGUUGUAACUCUCAAAUGUCUAAUAAGACAUUCACCAUGUCCACUGACCAAGUCAAGAGCACAGUUCCUGUGCCCCACAGAGGCAUGCAGCUUGGCCUGUCCCCUAAGAGUCAUUACAGUAACUCAUCCAUAUCCCUGUCACCUGACUCCGAAAGUAGUAUUUCCAACAUGAGUGACAGAGAACCUGGCAGCUCCCCUGACAUCAACAUGCUAGAGUGCUGCCUGGGUGAAGGAUCCUUUGUGGAUAACCUCGACAACAACACAUUACAACAGGAUGAUACCUGUGAUGUAAGCACAAACCUGAAUCAAACGUUUAUUGCUACACCUGUUAAUGACAGCAUGAAUUUCUGGAAUACAAACUCGAGUGUAAUAAGUAGCCAAGAGACUGAGUUGGAGUUCCACACUUUUAGUAUGAAUACAGAAGAUGACAUGAACACUGAAAUGACGUCUCCAGACUCUGCUGCGAGGGAAAGCCACCUGAGUUCAUGUGAGAUCUCCCGUAGAGGCUCCACUGAGAAUGAUUGGCACUCUCUGAGUUCUUGUGAAAUGGUGAUGAGGAGCAACAGUUUUCGUCUGGAAGACCAAUCACUCCUAGUCGUUUCAUCCCCGGAUGGGUCAUCCAUCUCUCCAGCUGCUGGCCACGCAGCAUUUCCCACUGAAUCGAACCUACUGUCAACCACUCUGCCAGACGUGUGUGAAAAAACUAUAGAAAUAGUCACGGGGGAAAACGCUGGCCAUCCGUGUCUUGGUGUGACUUUCACUCAGGCGGACAACUGGGAGCUACCCUCUGAGGAAAAUGGUAUAGCCACAUGCAAUGCUCUUGUAGCUCCGCCAAGUGAGGAUGAAGAAUGUCUUUUCAUGACCUUUGUCUGUGAACCAUCCUCUGCAGAUAGUGGAAAAGAGGUUCCUUUAAAUAGUGUUGAAGAAGAGCUGUUGGCCCAUUUCCCUGGAGCAAUUACACCAGAACAUGGGAAGACCUUUGUGUCCACUCUGUCAGCUGUGCAAGAAAAUAACAAGGAUAUUAAAAUGUCUACUCCAGUACAAAACAUCGAGGACAAGACACCCAGGCUCCCCUCUUUUUCAGAGUCUCCCUGCACUGAAAAUGCAAUCAGUUCAGGACUCCACCCUCUGAAACAGCCGACAGUCUUUGUGACUCAGAAACACCGAUUGGUUGCAGGACUGUCGCCUUCAGCCAGCAAAGUCAAUAAACUGGUAAUUAAGAAGUUUCCAAAGUCCGAUUUUGGUUUCGUCAAAUCUAAAGUUGUGACAAGAGCUUCACAUCAGAUAGUAGCGCCAGGACCUGCUUCACAACAUAGACCAUCACAGGUCAAUGUGACCAAUAAACGGACUGAAUCACAUACAGCAGCAACUGUCCGGAUUAGUCCCGGCAAGAUAAGGAGCAGCACUGCAGUCGUCUCUACUACCACUAAAACAGUUAGUGAUACUCAGAAACAUGUAAAUACAGGAGCUGCCAGUUUGGGUGUGAAAACGAUACAGUCAUGUGGACAUAAUGAUGUAGAUGGCCAGGACAAUAGUAGAACGUCCCCACUGGACCACCCCACAGCUGGCAACAAACAUGCUUCAGUAAUCCAAAGCAGUAAUGGCAGCUCUGAAACAGUACAGGCGACAUCAUGCCAAGGAACAUGUGCCUCAGCAAAGCAUACUGGCGACGAGACCUUCUGCUUUUCAUCCGUAGAAAAAUCCCCUGAUCAAAGGGACGAAACUGAUCCCAAACCAGCUCCAAAAAAGGGUAUGUCAAACAUAAUUCAGGUCAGGUCGGGCUCAGCUUUAGGUCAGGGCAAGCCUCUUUUCCAAAAGACACGGCCUCGGUGCUCAUCGGAGAGUUCAUCGUCAUCUACUAGGCCGCCCAAAGAGAAGAGAAACAUUUUAAGGGUUUCUACCAGCUUUAUCAUUACUAAAGCUGAUAAGCACCUGGGUCAGACCAAACCAGGGAACCUGACCUGCUCCUCCCAGAAAAAACGGGACGUACAAGCUGAGGCCGUGAAGAGAACUGCUGAAAACGCCACUAGAUCGCUUAAGAAGAUCAGCCUCGUGGCCGAGUCCAGUACAUCAACAUCAGCUGGAGUCUCAUGGGAUGAGAGUAAGGGUAGAUUGCAAUCGCGACAUUCUCCUAGAAAAACGAGAGCAGCAACACCAGCCAUCAGUCCCAGAGCAGCCACUCUGUCAACCAGGCAGAGGCAGGCAACCCUGACACCCCAGUCCAGGCAGAAUGGCUUUGCAGGUAAUCAGAGAGGAGACCCAUCCCUUGUAACUGCCUCAGCACCAAGUGUUAAGUCCAAACUAAAUGGAUCCCAACCUCCUCAGACUCCCACUCGUCUCUUUCAUAUGGGCCCUCCAACUACUUCUGCUUCUAGACUACCACGCAAGACACCAGGGCAAUCCAGGAGCCUCGCUGAGGCCAAUAACCGUGGUGAUCUGGGCGAAGGUGCUGGCAGCACAAAGGUUCCUGGAGGAGCUGCACAUAAACAAACCCCAUUCAAAUCUGUUAUGCUGAGAGCAAGACUCUUCUCAACACCUGGAAAAAACCCUGGACUAACUUUGACCACAGCAUGCAAACCUGCUGCUUCCACCAGCAAAGCAGCUUCAAACUACACAGUCAGUCCUCUGAAAAGGACUGCUUCUGCAAGACAUGUUCGUCUACCUUCGGGUGGAGCUGUGGACAAGAGCAAACCCAAGGCCACCUCCCGCCAGCAACACCCUCAGCAAAAGCUAUCCCAACCGAGCCGGAGUCAUGGGCCUCCGGAUCUGGUGCCACCGAGUGUUGCCAAAGGUGAAAAAAAAGACCAGAGCACCCAGCAGCUCAGAGGACAUCUCAUCACCAGUAACUGCAGAUUUGAGGCACUCACCAUAGUCCUACAACAAACUUUGACUGAGCGUGAUGAAGCCACUAAGCAGUGCAGGGAGCUGGCGCAGGAGCUAGUCAACCUUCGAGGAGAUCUAGUUUGCUCCGUCCAUUCCUCUGAGUGUUUGGAGAGGGAGAAGGAGGCGUUGCGUGUUUCUCUGGAGAAUGCUGUGCAGAAACUGCAGGAGCAGCACCAGAGAGAUGUGGAUGAGCUGGAGCAGAAGCUUCAGGCCUUCUACCAGGCUGAGUGGGACAAGGUCCACAUCAACUACCAGGAGGAGGCUGACAAGUGCAAGAGUCUCAUGCAACAACAGAUUGGCGAGCUUAAGGCCAAUCAUGAAGCCAUCAAGUUGGAAAUACAGAGCAGCCACGCAGAACAGCUGCAGUGUGUUAAACAGCAGUAUGAAAUAUCACUGGAAGAACACAGGAACGUUCACAUUCAGGAGCUGCAGUCUUUGGACAAAACGUUGAAAGAUGCAGAAUCUUCUCUGUCUGGACAGAUUCAAGAGCUGACCAUUGAGAACAAUAACCUAAUAGAGAAGCUAGCAGCAGUGGAGAAGAAGAGGAGGGACCUAGCUGAAAGGAGUCUGAAGGACUCCCACACCCUGUAUCUGGAGCAGGAGCUGGAGAGCCUGAAAGUGGUGCUGGAUAUCAAAAACAAACAGCUCCACCAGCAAGAGAAGAAGCUGAUGGAAAUCGACAAACUGACGGAGAAAAAUGUGAAGUUGGAUGAGAACCUGAAAAGGGUCCAGCAGGAGAAUGAGGACUUCAGAGCUCGCAUGGAAAGACACGCUGCAUUGUCAAGACAACUGUCCACGGAGCAGACGGUGCUGCACGAGUCUCUGCAGAAAGAGUCCAAGGUGAACAAACGUUUGUCCAUGGAGAACGAGGAACUGAUGUGGAAGCUCCACAAUGGAGACCUGAGCAGCCCCCGCAAGGUGUCCCCCACCUCCUCCUCCCCCUCCCCCUCCCCCUCCCCCUCCCACUCCUUCAGCCUCCAAUCACCCCGCAGCUCAGUCUUCUUCUCCAGCCCCCCUGUCGCACCCAGAUAGUGAUGGCCCCCUGCUUCCAGGAAGCAGACCAUUACUUGUGAGUUAUCCCUCUCAAAUAUGGAGCUGUUUGUUUCCUGUCCGUUUUGCAACACAACAGCCUGACCCUAGCUCCUACAGGAUGGAUGACCUCUGACACUUUCUGUACAGAGACGCUUGAGACAUUUAUUAUUUAAAAUGAUGUUGCACAGAAGCACUUAUAAGCAAAGGCAUCCCUGCUCUUUGCCUUUCACUUCUGAAACUAUGGAUGAGGGAAAAGGAAAUCUCAGGACUUUUAUGUAAUCAAACACUAUUAUUGUUAACUUUCCUUUCAUUUCCUGAAGCUCACAUACAGAACAUGCUGUAAAAAUGUAUAUGCCUGUGCAGAUACAGCCCUGUGGUGUGAGAGGGGGCUUAGUGUCUGUGGAGACCACAGCCAUGUCUGAAUAGAGCUCACUGUCCCUCCUCGGAGAAAAUGUUUCUAUCUUAAAUACAUAUGCAGUGGCUUCUGUUAGAUUCUUGCACCAUUUCUCACAGCUUAGUGUUUAAGGGCAACAGAUAACCUGUCAUAUUAGUAACAUCCCUCUGUUGCUCACUCAGUACUUCAGUGCUGCACAUGCCUCUAUCUAAACAGAGGGAUGAUCCGACUCACAUGCAGGAUGUUCUGCCCAGAGUGUUCAUUAUCUUAUUUUGAAAGGUUCAGGGUUUGUCUAUAUUGACAUAUAUUGUUUAAAUAUCAUCUCUGGCUUCAAACAUCUUUUUUCAUGUAUGUUUAUUUGUUUGAUUGUUUGACUAAUGGACCAAUUCAAGUCUUUGUGCAUGUGUUUGAGUCGUGUCAACCACCCGUCACUGAACCUUCCUCCUAACGCAGCUUUAAUUCCAGGGUCUUUGCAAAUAGUUGAGCAGAAUAAGCCUUGUACAUGUCAGAUACACUGCAUAUUGGAAAUGUCUCAAAAAGAGUAUUUUGUGUGGAAUUGAUAUUAUUGGUGUGUUGAACCAGUUUGAAAUAUGCAAAUAAUAAAGUCUUGUAUUAAACUUGAA